AUGGUCACAACAAGGUCUUCUCGAACGAAACUGAGCGAGGAAAAGCCCAAAGAGUCGAAAAAGAAGCAAGAAGAAGCUUCGUCAGUUGAAGAGACCGAGAGCAUGGAAGUAGAGCAGACCGAAGAGCAGAAACUCGAGGAAAAGAGAGCGCUCCACAUCAAAGAUGUAAAUUUGCAGCUCAAGGAGCUCGAAAAGGCCGGACAGCAGCGAGAGCCCAGGAUUGUUUCAAAAGUGAUCCGACAACUCCCAAAGACCCGCCGCUGUCUGGACGAAGAAGUCCUUCUUUCUGUCAUUUCUCAGUUCCACUUUGAUCGCCGCGACGCUCUCCUCGGUCUUUUAGGCCUUUCGGCGAAGAAGAACGAUACAAAAGCUCCCUGCAUCGAAGUCGAGUUCUACUUGACUCUGAUCAGCGCCAUUUACUUGCUGGACAAGGAGCGACUCGAGCAAGCGCGGGAGAUUUUGGAUAAUUUGCUCAUCCGCGCUGGAAAUAAUUUGGGCCAGCGGAGGUCGAUGGAUCCUCUCAAUGCGAAAAUUUACUUUUACCACAGUCGAGUUUACGAGUUGCUGAAAAUCCUGGAGCAAGCACGAACAGUUUACAUGAAGCGUCUGCGAACAGUGACUCUUCACGCCGAGUACGAGUCCGAAUCCGUCCUCUUGAACUUGCUCCUGCGAAACUACCUCCAUUACGAUCUGUACGAGCAGGCUGAGAAGCUCAUUUCCAAAAGUACCUUCCCAGAGCAAGCAAACAACAACGAAUACGCUCGAUAUUUCUACUACCUCGGCCGAAUCAAAGCUAUUCAACUCGAAUACUCCAACGCUCAGAAAAUGCUCACAAACGCUCUUCGAAAGUCGCCACAAGUGUCGGGCGUUGGCUUCCGACAAGCAGCUACAAAGCUUCUUACAGUCGUCGAUCUCCUCCUCGGAGACAUUCCCGAGCGCUCGCGGUUCACUGAAAAAGCCAUGGAAGGCGCGUUGAAGCCCUAUUUCGCUCUGACUCAGGCGGUCAGAAUCGGCAACUUGGUCCAGUUCAAUAAAGUUUUGGAGGAGUUUGGCGAAAACUUUAAAUCGGAUCGAACUCUAACUUUGAUCCUCCGCCUCCGCCACAACGUCAUCAAAACCGGCGUCCGUCGCAUGAGCUUGGCCUACUCUAGAAUCUCGUUAACAGACAUUGCCGAUCACCUCGCCCUCGACGGACCUGAGGAUGCCGAAUUCAUCGUCGCCAAGGCAGUUCGUGACGGCGUCAUCGAUGCCAACCUCGAUCACCACGCUGGAUACGUCUCUUCGCAGAAUACCAAGGACACUUAUGCUUCGAGAGAUCCCGAACGGGCGUUUGACAAGCGAAUCAAGUUCUGCCACAAUUUGUACGCCCAGUCCGUCAAAGCGAUGCGUUUCCCGCCCAAAAGCUACCACGACCCGCUGAGCCCCGAGGAACGCCGCCAACGAGAACAAGAAGAUCUCGAAUUCGCGCAAGAAAUGGCCGAAGAAGACGACAUGUAUUAA